AUGGCAGAAGCUCUUGCAGUCCUGGGAGCAACAGCAGCAGGCGUUCAGCUCGGGGAACUUGGCUGCAAAGCACUGAUACACGGUAUAACAGUGUUACGAAACAUGCAGGCUAUCCCUAAACGCAUAGAGACGCUCCUGCUGGAAACAGAGGUUUCUAUAAGACGAAUCGAAGACAUUCAGAACGAUGUACUCCAACCAGGCUCCAAUGUCGUCGCUCACCUUACUGCUGUUCAGUUGGCGAGAGUCAGCACUGUGAUUUCCGAGGUCGAACUAGCGAUGAAAAGCCUAGAAGACCAGCUGAACAUCCUCCUGCCUCGCACUCGACCUCAAGCUGGGCGGUUAAAGAGGAUAUGGGCUGCACUUUUCGUUCUCUCGUCCGAAGAAUCAAAGCUUGAAGGCCACCUUCAACACAUUAGCCGUGCGAGUAUGGAGAUCCUUCGUGAGCUUUUGAUCUUAGGCUUACAUUUGGAGGCAUAUAAUCGGAAUUUCCUGGACCAGAUAUCCAUACUUAUUCAAGACAACCAGCAAUCUACCCACUGGAAACUUGAUUCUGUUCAUAACCUGCUUGGCAGUCUGAGAGAUACUAUCAUAGACACGGCACAGGCCACUGCCGGAAACUUGACAGCAAUAUCGGACGAUAUCCAAACCAAGCAUGAUAGUACUGAGCUCAAGUUGACAUCAAUACGGGAUGACACAACUUUCAUCAAACGGCAACUGAUUGCCCAGACUAAUUUUUCCGACUCUCAGAACGAAAUCAUGAGGACCAUGAUGAGAUCUGUAAUCCAGGAAGAGAUGCUGCUCUUGACACCUGUAAAUCGGGAACAAAUCCCGGUGUUGAGAGAUUCUGUCCUCCGUAUCAUGGCUGGCGAGAGUGAAAAGCUGCCUCAGCCAGAACACGAGACUGCCUCGCACUUGACGACCGCAGACCGGCAGGAACUUCAGUCACAGAUAGGUCAACAGCUAAUAAUGCGUCCAAGCAUGUUACGAGAUGCAGUAGAAUCCGUUUCCCUGAGACGAAAAGGGGGGCUGUUCUGCACUUGCAAGCCGCAAGAGCUUUUGUCAUGGUACGACAGGGGCCCGUUUCGUAUCAGCUUGGAUUAUACGUCCCAGCACCGACAUUCGUGUCCUUACCAUCCUCUGGGAAAGCAAUCCUGGACAUACGCAGUCUCCGCACAGCUGCUCCCAUUUGUGCGGAGAACAGUGGAGCUGGGAGUGAAUCUCAGGUCUGGAGCGGGCUGUUUUUCCAUUGCGCCACUUCUAAAUGCAUAUUGUACCGUCAGACGGAGUGAAUCGCCGAUUUUUAAGCUGUUUGAUGACUUUCCAUUCCGAUAUGGGCAGAUUAUGCAAUCUAGGAAGAGGAAGAGGUCAGGCUACUUUUACUCUCCAGAUAUCUGGCACCACCACCACCCACAUGGGAGCGAAGUAAUAUACUGGCAGGGGGAUGUAAACAAGGCCAGCACCGGAAUGACAUAUCUGCUGACGUCGCUCGAAACCGUACUUCAGAACAAGACCGCAUCAGGAUUGGAAAAAGAUGAAAACGGGAAUACAAUUCUUCAUGAAGUGAUGUUCUUGCUGGCAAUAUUGUCCCAAAUUCUAUCAGACUUACAACCACUUUUUCACAGGCUCCUUGUGCUGGCUUUGCGUUCGGGUGUCGAUGUGUCCGCCAUCUCUAUGACCGGUGCGCGGCCAUUGAGUUGGUUUGGAUUGAUAAAUGGCACAGGUGAGGUUGUCAAGGUCUUCUCUGCUACAUCCGAAAUUGAAACUGACCUCCCAGCCACUGCUGCCGGUAGUCUUCUCAUUGCAACAAAUCAUGGGUAUAGAAACGGGCUUGAAAUGGUCCCUCGGCUCUAUCAUUUAAUUGCAGAAUAUGACCUUGACGAACAGAUAAGUGGUGUAUCACACAAAUAUAUUAACGUGAACAGAAUGAACUUCUCUCAUCCCCUUCCUCAACGUAGACUCCAGAUACAUCGAUUAUUGAUGAGAGUCCCAGAGCUGACCGAAACGUUUGGUUUGACUGAGAUAGGCCCAUGCAUUAUUCGUCGUUCGGAAGACUGCUUGGUCAAAUAUCUUGAAAACGACAAGUCAGCACCGUUCAACGAUGGGGACCUGGCUUACGAUCCCACGUGUCUGCCGAUAGGCUGGACGAGUGGCUUGGAGAUUCUGCUGAAGGCGGGAUUCAGGCCGCGGAAAGCUUUGGAGCUGGCGAUCCUGACUGGGCACACUGCCUUGAUAGUGUCGGUGUUACCUUACACAGAUUUCUUCGAAAGUUCAAUCGAGGAACGGCCAAUGAACUGGCUGUUCAACUUUCUCCAGCACGAUGUCAAGCAGAAAGCGGAUAUUGUAGACGUUUUCGUUGUCGAGUUCGAGGCACGUCGGCGUGAGCAUGAAGACCAUAAGACUGAGAGACAACAUGCUUUGAGCUUGUCCGGUUUGCCAUCAGUCUACCACGGCUGGUUGAAUUGUGGAGGAUCGCACACGCACGAUAACACAAUCCUCCUGGAGUCCUUGUUCAGGGCAGGACAUCACACAAUCGACGCUGCGCACGAGGACGGUCGCACACCUCUUCUCCAGAUCGCCAGCUAUGCUUAUGCUUUCAAUCAACGCAACUUGGCUGUCGAAUGGUUCCUUUCGAGGGGCGCAAGUGGAACGUUCGCCGAUCGCACGUGCUGGCCAAACAUCAUGUUCUAUCUUAUACCAUCAUUGGCAUACAGACAACAUCUUCUUUUACCGCUAGACGACGAUAUAGGCUUGUACUUGGACGUUGCAGAUCCUUUGUGGGCUGACGACUGUCAGUGUUUCUGUUCAAGACGUGGGUGCUUACCUUGGUAUCGGUAUUGGAGUCGACUUGAAAGCCUGAACCAAUCUGAAGCUGGGUCUUGGACCGAAAGGUUGUCCGCCUUGCAAGAAGCGACCGAUUUCUUGCGACUAGACGGAAAGCAGAAGGAGAAGUGCUACACAGAGCUUUGUAGACUCGAGGUCUUCACUCGUCUUGGAAUGAUUCAUACAUGUUGCGGCCACUAUUCAUUCUAUCAGUCCAGGCCUGCUGUAAAAUCUGAGAACGAAAGGGAAAGGUGUCGGAAGGAAGAUGCAGAGCUGAAGGCACAGCUAGACCUGAUCAUGAUUGCCUAUGCGAACAUGCGCCAGGCUGCCAUUGAAGUUAUCCACGACGCAUGGACAUCAUGGUGGGAGCUCCUUGAUUCUAUCCUUCCGAGACUUUCACACGUCGAGCAAGAGUGGAGGCUGGGUAUUUACAAGUAUCUACCGAGUAAAGACUCGAAAAUUGCAGCUUCAAGAGCAAAUCGCGAGCGAGCAGCCCUCGUGGCAAGCGGGUACGGCGAUUACGAAGAUUUCGCUGAUGUGAUCCGAGAUCAUUUUAAGGAGUACCUGGACCCGCAAGUACCGCCAAAUGAAGGUUCAGAUGACGAAUGGACCGACACUGAUUUUUCGGACGAUGGUCAACUCGAGGAUCAGGAGGGUGAAGAGGGGUCUUUAUGA